UAUUAAGUAAAUGUGACUCAGGUUUUUUUUACAAAGUGAAAAGAACUGAAAACGUUUGAUUUAUCUUUUUUGGAAACACAACAAGUGAGGAAGCUUGCACUGGAGUAGAUUUUCAUCCACGUGCGAGGUGAGGUUUUCCUCGGGCUCAGAAGCAAAAUGUGCUCCGGUAGUUGCAUGUGUCCUGCUGCACGUAUCCAGCAGGAGGGUGUUUGUUAUUGCACUGACCUACUCACGACCGACUGGACAACGCAGAUUCUUGCAAAACACGUUUUCGCGUUGUUGUCGAACGAGCCCCAAAAGUCUACAUGUGAUCGGGGUAUUGAACCUUUCAGAAUACACGUUAUCUCUAACCGACGUGCGCUGGCACUACACGCCUUCCCGAGCCUCCUUCCAAGCCACACCUCCUCAAAAGUGACCCAAAGUUUACCGGUUUGUUUGUUUUUUUAAACAAACGAACUGUGCCACUGACCCCAUUUCCCAAAGGCUUUAUAUAUAAGGGUGCAGAGGACUGCUGUUUGUUUAGUUACAGACGAAGAAAAGCAGGGUUUGUUUAGAGAAUAUCAGUGAAUAAUUCAACAUCUAAGCGAGGUGGAGCUUGAGAUCUGCCUGCCUCCCUGUUUGUGCGUCUGUCCCGGACGAAGUGGGCGGUGGGGUGGCGUCACGUCAUAUCAGCCGCCGCGCUCUGAUUGGCUGCCGAUUCUCACCCGACACAGCUGUGAUUGUUUUCUGCAGAGGAAGCUCUCGUCGGUGGUAUGAGGUCUGUGCGGUGGAAUGGAGGAGCACUGUGUGUUUUUUCUCUCUCGCUCUGCGUGUGUUUGCUGACGAUGAUGUGAACAAACAACGUGACUGCAGUUCACUUGUUGUAAAAGAGCAGGAAAACGAGGAGGAGGGAUCCUGGCUUAAAUCUGCUUGUCGAGGCGCGAAUGAACAGGAGAAGAGGAUUCUGUUUGGAGCUGACUCUGAAGACGUCUGGAGAUCAAGCUUUAAAGUGCCAAAUGCCCAGGCUGGAGGAGCAUUGUUGGAGCUGCUCCACUUCAUCAAAGACCGAAACUAAGCACCCAUCUUCUGGCGCAAACUGGUUGGCAUCCAGAGCUGAAGAGAUGAUGUCAAUCAUCACAUCGGUGCUCAGCAGUGCCUACAUCUCCUUGCAGGACGUCCGGACGGCCAACCUGAUCCGCCGGGGUGUCGUCCUCUUCACGGUCGGAGUGUUCCUGGCCUUGGUGCUCAACUUGCUCCAGAUACAAAGAAAUGUUACCCUCUUCCCCGAGGAGGUGAUGACAACUUUGUUUUCGUCCGCAUGGUGGAUCCCACCUUGCUGCGGUACAGGAGCCGCUGUUAUCGGCCUGCUGUAUCCCUGUCUCGACAGCCACUUGGGAGAGCCGCACAAGUUCAAGAGGGAGUGGGCGAGCGUCAUGAGGUGUAUCGCUGUGUUCGUCGGUAUCAACCACGCCAGUGUUAAACUAGACUUCGACAACAACGUGCAGCUCUCCUUAACGCUAGCUGCCUUGUCCCUGGGUCUGUGGUGGACAUUCGACCGGUCCAGGAGCGGCUUCGGACUGGGCAUCACCACUGCCUUUUUAGCUACUGUGAUCACACAGCUGCUGGUCUACAAUGGAGUCUACCAGUACACAUCUCCAGACUUCCUGUACGUACGCUCCUGGCUCCCGUGCAUAUUCUUCUCCGGCGGUGUUACUGUGGGUAACAUAGGACGCCAACUAGCCAUGGGUGGUGUUGAGAAACCCCACAUGGACUGAUUGGUGGACGACCGGGCGAGAGCAUCCGAGAAAAAAUGGAUACGUUCUGUGAGGAACGAGAAGAAUGAUGUGAGGAAAGACUCUUUGUCACGACCUCAUCUUUUGCUCAGAUGGCAAAAGUGCAGGUCAGAAAAGCCCCUCAUCAAACGUGCCAUGUCCUCUGCAUCUCUUUGCAGCCAAACAGCCCCUUCCCGCCUCUGUUGUGCUCCAUUAGCAUUAAGGCUUCCUUCACACUACACAGGCGGACAGCCCUUGCCUUUUUCGUGUGUGUGUGUGUGUCCUUGUUUGAAGUGAACAGGAGAGGGGUUUAAUUUCAUGAAGUGGACGCGUGCUUGUAUCCUGGAAAUGGCAGAAAAGAAAUGAUGGGGGUGCUAUGAUGUUUUCUUUUCUUUCUUUCUUUUCAUUUUUGUAUGAUCAUAAAAGGGAAGUGUUGCUCUAGUGGGCAAAAUGAUGCUCGCUUGCACAAAGAGAUCCUUUUGUUUUCCAAUGUAGAAUCCCAAUGAAACCAAAUUAAAGUAUUUAUUUUCCAAGCAUCCAGUGACCGCCGCCCCCAAACUAAAUGUAUGUAUGGUAAUGAACGGUGUUUCACAUUUUUCGAAGGACUAGUUCAAUGUCUUGGGAAAUAUUUGGGGAAACUGCUUUCUCAUCUUAUUCCCAGCAGGAAAGCAAAUCAUUUUUCUGAUUUAUUAACACUUGAUUAUAAUACAUGAUUAAAGAAGGCGCCAAGAGUUGACUACCAAUUUAACUUUAUAUAUUCACAAACAGUGAAGAUCACUGAAGCACAAAAUUCAAGCUGCUUCGUUUUUUUUUUUUAGAAUGGAAAUUAGUUGUUUUUGCCAGCGAAUAGUAUUAUUUUUAAUCAGUUAUCAAGCUUGUCUUUGCUGUAAAACGACAGAGAGGACUGUUAAAAGGAAGCGUUAGUCGGGACUGGGAGUUGAGAUGAACCAUAGAGGUGAAGCAUGCUUUGAAGGAAUGUACCAGGUAUACUAGCAGUUUAAAAAAAAAAAAAACCCUUUCCAGUGCAUUUUUAUAGAAUGGACCUUACAUUCCCAUUUGGAAAAACACUUUACUGUGGGAUCGUACAUGUUUUCGACUUCAACAGCAUCCUCAAACUAGAGAUGAUAGUUUGGGAACAGACACCAGUUAAAAUGGGAGAGGACGGGACGUUAUUACGUAAGAUUUGCAAUCUGUGAUUGCCUGUGUAUUAUAGAAUGUAGUGCUUUUGUCACUAUUACAGUUUAGUUGUAUCCUUGUAAAAAAACAUAAUGACAUUACUGCUUGUGUGUAUAAUGGCUUGCUUGUGUAAUCAGACAGGUAUUAUUACCACACUAGACCUACAGUGCGUUAGUGUCUGGGGGUCUAGAGGAUUAAGUGCAAUCAGACCAUACAUGAGCCGAUUAUUCUUCCUUAUUUAUUAUUUCUGACAAAGGCUAAAAAACAUAUUUGUAACUUUAAAGUAUAUGCAGUGUGGAUCAUUCAAAACAGCAAUAAUAUCCUCUCUUUCUUAUGUUUUUUUUGUAAACAACAAUGCUUUUGUCAGAGAUUACAUGCCUUCAGAGUCAAUACCAAUGACUCUAACCAGAGAGACAGCAUUAAAAAAAAAAAAUUGUGUCAAACUGUUGUUUAAAAAAAUCUCAUUUAGUAGUGUUACUGAAGGAAACCUGAUUUAUUUUUUUAAAUCCUUUUUUGUGGCAGAUCACUUCAGGUCGAAUCUGCGUACAUUCAGGUGUGCUAAAACUGAAGAGGAAGCUUUAUGUUUUGAGGUGGUGAAGCACCUUCUGUCUCAAUGUUUUAGAGUUUCCGUGUGUGUGUGUGCGUCUGAUAAUUCAGCUGUGUAUCAUUUUUGCUACUUUGGAUUUAAGUGAAAAAUAAAAACACUUGACAAA